GUUCCGUCUCGGACUCGAACGCUUGCGGAGCCGACUAUCUUACUCGAAGACGCCACAAACCUGUGUUAAUUUUGUCGCCAACAUUUAAAAAUAUAAACGCUUUUCCCUCGCUAAACCUGGAGGGAUUCCAAGGUAAUAAAGGCGAGACUGCCUUUGUAGACUUUCUCUUCGCCAAACGGUCAAAAUGGAAGCUGUUGGUGCGGCAGCAAGUAUAAUCAGUAUUGCAACGCUUGCCAUUCAACUGGGCGAUGCUUUAAGGAAAGCUGCGGAGUUUUGGGAUGCCAUCGAAGAUGCACCAGCCAAUGUUCAACGUAUCUCGCGAGAGCUGCAGCUUCUCGUGAAAGGCUUAGACACCAUCCGACAUCAACAUGAAGCUACGUUGGAUUCGGACGAACACGAGCAAUGGAUUAGACAGGCUUUGGAACUGGUCAAAGAGGAUAUCGAUGAGCUUGUCGAUCUUGUGUCGGACCUUUCCAGGUCUUUAGGACCUGGUUAUGGGCGAGUGAAGCAGAAUUGGGGGAAGGUGCGCAUUGUUCUAAAACGAGAUAAGAUCAGAAGGUGUAAAGACAACAUUGAAAGUGCAAAAAUAACCAAGGGUUCACCCUACACACGCCCUCCGCAACUCAGCAAGCACCUAAAGGGCAUCAAAAGAGGGUUUUGAAGCUUCCGCUAAAGGGUGCAUAUCUCUGUGCGAUGGGUUGUAGAAAAUCACUCACAAUUGUAUAGCCCGGGG